AUGUCCCGACUUCUCACCCUCGUUCUGCCUUUGCUGGCUUUGCCGGCCAUCCAAGCUUGCCCGACAAAGUAUCAUAAUGCUACCACGGCUUGCGCUCAGGUGACCGGGAAUCAGACCGUCAACUCGUUCCAGCUGUACCCCGAGAACGCAGACUUCGACACCAAGCGCUGUGUGGCCUACUUCAGUGUCCUCUACAAUGCCAGUGUCGCUGCCUGGAACCCUACCACGUCCGAAAUCCAAACCAUCGAGAUCCCAGGCCUGAGCUUCAACCCCGAACUUCACUCCAGCGGCGUCCGCGUCGAUCCCCUCGACCGCCUCUCUAUCAUCAUCGAUGCCGGCUCCGCCUUCGACACUGGCGGCCAGAACAUCACGGGCGACAACAUCCUCGUCAAGUACGAUCUCACCAAGAAGGAGGUGCUGUGGCAGCGCAACCUGACCGAGGUCACCGGCGGCGUGUACGGCGGCUUCCAAGACACUGCUCACGGCCCCGACGGCACCACGUACGCCCUCGGCACGUUCCCCAGCAGCAUCAUCCGCAUCAGCCCCGACGGCUCCAAGGCCGUUGCGUGGUACCUCAAGACGCCCGCCAAUCAUUCCAUCCACGGACUCUCCGGGCUCGUGUCCUCCCCCGACGGGAAGGCGCUCCUCGUCGCCGAUAGCUCGGACGGUCAGCUCUACCGGUUCGACACCGCCAAUGCCACGGGCUCGACGCCGGUCCGGGUCCCUCUUACUUCGGCGGACACCAUCGGCGCAGCGCUCGACGGCGUUUCGAUCCCCUCCCGCUACAACGGAACCGUCAUCCUCGUCUCCGAUAACGAAAAGGGAACGGUGGUACUGCACUCGGCCGAUGCUAAGUGGGAGUCCGCUGCUGUCAUAGGAACCGUGCCCAACGCGUACCUGGCUGAUGGAGGCUCGACAGUGACGACUGUGCAGAUCGGUGGCAGCGUCUACUCUGUAACGGAGUACUUUGGUGACGCCAAGGUCGCGGGAACGCUGGCCGGCAACCGAACUGAGUGGCCGUUGGUUGAUAUCACCGCCAACAUCAACGGGUUCCUUGCUGGCCAGUAA